UAUACAGUCUAUAAAUAAUAAUAAGUGUGAAAUAACAACACAGUAAAAAAAAUGUCGAAAACAUUAGCGGUACUACUUGUCUACACCUCACUAUUUGUAUUCGCACACACUUUUCCCAAAAACGGAGAAACACGGAUCAUUAGUGGAGAAGUAGCUCGAGCGGGACAAUUUACAUGGCAGGCAGCAAUUUAUGUGACAACUGCUGACGGGACGUACUUUUGUGGGGGAUGUCUUAUAGGCGCUCAGUGGGUUCUAACAGCUGGGCAGUGCGUCUACAAUGCAGUACAGUUCACAAUUCGCUUAGGAGCAUAUGACCUCAAAGUAACGGAUCCAAAUGAAGUAGUACUGUCUACAUCUUUAUACACAAUACAUCCAGAUUACAAUCCACUUACUCUUGAAAACGAUGUUGGGCUUAUUCAGUUUCACAUGCCCAUCACAUUUACCGAUUACAUCCAAAAAAUUGACAUGGUAAGCAUCGGACAAGUAGGUGCUACAGAUCUUGUGACAGUGUCAGGGUGGGGACAAACCAGUGAUGAUGUUGCUGAACUUUCUAAUGUACUAAAUCACGUAACACUGGUACUAAUAUCCAACACUGAGUGUCAAACCACCUAUGGUUCACAGAUUAAAGACAGUAUGGUUUGCGCUGUCGGUAACUACAAUCAGGGUAUUUGUAUUGGUGACACUGGUAGUCCUGGUAUUAAACCUGAUGGGUUUGGUAACGCCAUUCAUUUGGGAAUUGCGAGUUUUGUGAGUAUAAAUGGAUGCGAAACUGCAGAACCAUCGGGAUUCACAAGGACGGAUAUAUAUCGUGACUGGAUUUUGAAUGUAACAGGGCCUCUAUAGAUUUUUAUCGAAACACUGUUACUGGAAAUUCGUUGUAACGUGAUUUAUAAUCAAACUGUAAACAAUUAAUAAAUUGAAAUAGUUAUUAAGGUAUUUAGGGGGUUAUGAAAUAAAUAACGUACGAGGUCGACAGUGUACUCCCGAGGGCGUCCCGCCCGAGGGAAAGUACGUCGGCCGAGGGUGUUAUGUUCAUAACCCCCGUGGUGCCUUCAACAUUUUAUGUCAUCCUUA